AUGGAGUCUGGAGGAGUGAUUACUGAAGCGGGCUGGGACUCACUUGGCCUGACGUCGCAGGCGGAGGAGUCGGAGAUGAUGGAGCAGCUGCUUGGCACCUUCCCCUCCAACGGCGAGGAAGAACACCAGGAGCUGCCUUGGUCUGUUCAGGCCACACAUGCAUACUAUGCCCACUGUAACGGUAGCUCUAAUGCAUACAGUUCCGCUAGUAGCAACAGUGUUGGUAGUCUCGUCCUUGAUAUGCCGUCGGAUUAUGGGGGCUUCUAUUUGGGCGACUCAAAUGGGAUUGGCUCCUGUACCGCAGCACUUGACCUGAACAUGGUUCAGGAGCAAGGUGCGGCUCAGUUUAUGGAUGCCAUCUUCAACCCUUCAUAUGGGAAUGGCGAUUCAAGCUGCGACGAUCUUGGAGACUCGAGCAUGAACCUGCUCGACUCCAUCGACACGUCCAACAAGAGAAAGUGCCAGGAUCAGGGGAAAAUAGCUGACCAAACAAGUGGUCGGAAAUACUCAAGGAAGGCCGACUCGAAGCGGACAAAGAAGGCCAUGCAAUGUGAAGGUGACGAUGGCACCACUACUGACACAAACAAGCAAAGCUUGAGCUGCUGCACGUCUGAAAUUGACUCUAAUGCUUCUCAAGAGCCUCCUGUUGCCUCUAAGCCGAAGAGCAAGGCUCAGGCUGGCCGCCAGACAACAGAUCCCCAGAGCCUCUAUGCAAGGAAAAGAAGAGAAAAGAUCAAUGAGAGGCUGAAGGUACUACAGAACCUUGUUCCGAAUGGAACCAAAGUAGAUAUCAGCACUAUGCUUGAAGAGGCAGUGGAGUAUGUGAAGUUUUUGCAGCUUCAAAUUAAGCUCCUCAGCUCUGAUGAAAUGUGGAUGUAUGCGCCAAUUGCGUACAACGGGAUGAACAUUGGAAUCGACUUGAACCUCUCUCAGCACUGA